CUUUUCCAUAAGAGGCAGAGGUUUUUGGAGUGUUAUUUAGUUGGUAGUGGGCUCCUCUUCAAAACCAGUGUAGUUUUGCAUUGAUUCAGAGAGGGGGAAGAAAUGAUGGCAUGCUCUUUAUAUGGACUAAGCUGCUUCGGAAUUUUUGUAAUGAGCCGCCGAAGGAUCUCCUGUAAGGAUCUGGGACUAGCUGAUUGCCAGGGCUGGCUUUACAAGAAAAAAGAAAAAGGAAGUUUGAUUGGCAACAAAUGGAAAAAGUUCUGGUGUGUGCUGAAGGGUUCAGCAUUAUACUGGUACAGCAACCAAUUGGCAGAGAAAGCUGAAGGAUUCCUCUGCCUUUCAAACUUCACAGUGGAUCAAGCCAUGGAGUGCAAGAAAAAGUAUGCUAUGAAAAUCACCCAUCCAAAGGUCAAGACAUUUUAUUUUGCAGCAGAGAAUGGAGAAGAAAUGAUUAUAUGGCUAAAUAAACUAAGUCUAGCCAUUGUCAAGCAAGUCAACAAAAAGAAUGAAGAAGAGUGCUAUAGUGAGAGUGAUCAUGAAGAACCAGAAAUAAACACGAAGACACCACCCCCUCCAUAUUCUGACCAGCUGGUGCAGCCUCAUUUGGACCAGCAAGAACCUUCCUCAACAUCCCAUGCAUCCAGUUCUUCAUCCUCCCCUGAAAGCAGUAGGAAGUCACAAGGAUUUUCUUCUUCCUCAUUGUCCAAAGCAUUACAGCCAGAGAGACAAUCAUGGCUUGACUUUGUUAACAGCUCUUCAACUGGGGAAGAAGUAGACAGCCCACCUUCAGCUGUCACUGAUGACCCUCAAGAUACUGAUUGCUUGGUAAUGAUGGACUGUAACAAAACAAAGGAAAAGGAUGUCACGAAAUUGGGGGAUAGCUUUCAGAACUCUUUAACCAAAGGUGCCCCUGUUAUAGGUGGAGACAAGGAUAACAUUGCUGAGCCUGGAAAAACAACGCUGAAAGCUCAACCUAAAGAACAAGGGAAAUGCUCUGUAGAUGAAAUGGAGAAGCUUUUCAAAUCUUUAGAGCAAGCCUGUUUAUCUCCUCUUGGGACUCACCGGCCUUCGACUAAAAGAGAACUGAGAAAAUCCUUCAUUAAAAGGAGUAACAACCCAUCCGUGAAUGAUAAACUCCACAAAAUCCGAGCACUGAAUAGUACAUUAAAGUGCAAAGAACGUGACUUAGCCAUGAUUAACCAGUUGCUGGGGGACAAUGAGCUAACAGCAAGGAAGUACAGGGAGUGGAAGAACACAAAUUCUAUGUUGAUUCAAGAUAUCUAUCCAGAGCAGGAUGUACUGAAUGUGUCUGAGGAAAAUAUCAAGGAGCCAGAGGUGCCCCUGCAACCUUCUUUCAUCGAAAGUACUAUCUGAGAAUUGUGGACAGUACAUUACUUCUUCUUCUGGUGUUUCUGUUUACCUGUGAAAAGUUUAAGCUGCUACCAUUUCAAGUGUUGUUAUUUUUCCAAGAGCUUGUUGCUUCUCUACUAUGGAAAAUUCAGCCCAUGAUCCAAAAUAUUCUUUCUUCUCUUGGUGUUCCAUGAACAAAGAAUGUUGCCAUCCAAAGGAUCACAUUGUAACUCGUCUUUGGAGUUCUGAAGAGAACAGUUAUCCAACAGAGGGAAAUUGCAUUUCCAUUUUUUAAAAUGGCCAAACUUCAGAGCAGGAACGAUUUAGUAAACUCAAUAUCUGGAAUUUGUAUUUCAAAGUCUAUGUACAUAUUGUAAAUAAAAACUUGGUUGUCUGAAACAAAAGUUUUAAGCUGUAGAAAUGGUUUGAAAAGUUUGGCUUUUAAAGAUUGUUGCCAAUAAAAACAUGUUACCCCUCA